AUGACAGGCUCGGCAGGCUCGGUCGGCUCGGCCGGCGAUCAGGAGGACCGAACCCAUUCUCUGGAUGGAGACGAUGGUCACGAGGAAGAAAGCCAUCAUGGCGACGGCAGCCACCCCAGGAAACGCCAGAGAGUACGACUGUCCUGCCUAGAAUGCCGGCGACGGAAGCUAUCGUGUUCUAGAGAUCUCCCGUGUGACCGUUGUAUCAAAUCUGGGACCGCGGAUCGCUGUACCUACGAAUCCAGACCUGGUGGUGCAACGGUCGGUCCAGCCUCCAUUGGAGCGACGGGUGGUAGUAGUGCAGUUCCCAUUGGCAGCAGGCCUCUACCCACCGAUCUUCAGCGCAGCAAUGGGCGACGCGAUGUGGACGCAACCAUUCUCAAGGAUGCCGCCAAAGACCAUGACCGUAUCCGUAAGCUGGAACUCGAGGUUGCCCAACUUAGGGGGGCAUUGGCGAAGCAGACGUCUAUAGAUGGAACCACUAUAGCCGCCACUCCAUCUACGCUCAAGGAGGCACCGGCCAAAGAGAGCUCUCUGGACAUACCCUUGCCCUCCUUUUUCCCAAUCCCCAAGAGGGGAGAUGGCCUAGAGUUCAAAUUUGUUCGAGGCCAUAAUUUCAAGACAAGAUUCUACGGACCACACAAUGCCUGGUCGUCAUUCAAGGAGUUGACAGGUUUGACACCGUUCAUGAGGGAAACUGCCGAGGAGUGGCUCCGGCCCCUGAAUAUCACUCGGAAGGACCGAAACAAGCGGCGCGAGGAUCGACAGAAGCAGUUUGAGGCUCCUGAUAUGGAACUUGAAGCAUUGCUACCCCCGAAGGAAGAAACAGAUUCUCUCGUUGCUGUUUACCUGGACCAGUUCGAGCAACUUCACCGCAUCGUUCACAUUCCGACCUUUAAGAAAGAAUACGAAAAGUUCUGGGACCCGACUCAGACAAGAUGCGCGGCUUUUACUGCACUUGUGCUAGCCAUGCUCGCAGCGUCCAGUUGUAUGGAUAUGCAACCCUCGUCAAAGUUUGUUGGUAUCAAGUCCAAUGCAUAUCAGACAGCCGAAAGGUGGACGAAAGCUUGUGAUGCGUGGUUGGAUCAACAGAGCCAGAAACAUCGGAGCAUGAUACACUAUCAGAUCAUGUGUAUGAUUUACCUUGCCAAAAGGAUCAACAUAAUCAAGAAGAAAAGAUUCUGGACUAAUUCAGGCGCUCUGAUUAGAGAAGGUAUCAUUGUUGGUCUUCAUCUUGAUGGAGACCAAGUGGCUUCAAGGAUUACGCCAUAUUAUCGGGAAAUGCGCAGGCGCAUAUGGGCGACGAUGAUGGAAUUCGAUCUCCAAGCAUCCUUUGACCAGGGAGUUCCAACACUCCUGAGUCAGAUGACGGUUGACUCGAAAGCGCCGCGCAACAUCGAUGACGAGGAAUUUGACGAGGACACUGAAGAACUCCCAACACCGAAAAGCUCGACAGAAUACACGUUCUCGUCAUAUCAAAGCCUCAGCCGACAGAGUCUCCAGGCAAGACUUGAGCUCAACCGAGUCAUGACUGGCCCCAUUGUUGAUUUGGACUGGGAGCGUGUCACCCGCUAUACCGAGAUGAUUACCCAGGAAAUCGAUGCGUUGCCCCCCUGGGACAGUGAAGAGCAGAAUGCGACGAACGAUUCGCGAAAGCCUGUGCUCGCUCACGCGCUCCUGCACAUCCAACUUCGACAAUAUCUAAUCCCACUUCAUCAGCCUUAUUUGAAACUGAGGCAAUACAAUUCCAAAUACCAAGUUGCGGAAUUCAUAUACUACACCGCAGCUCGGGAUAUUGUGCUCAUGCAUGAUCGACUGUUCCAGAAGGGCAUAAGAUCAUUAUACUUUCUUCGCGAAGAUACGAUGAGCGCGGCUGUCAGCCUCUGCAGUGUCUCGCUUUAUCAGCCUCGAGAAUCCACUAGCUUGAUCAUGUCGAAUGCGAGCGAGACACUCAAGCUCAUCGAGAGAUGUAUCGCUAUCAAGGAAGAUCGCGUUCUCCGAUGCGGCAAUAAUGACCCUUGGGGAUAUUCUUCCAUGUGUGCAGCCCUUGGUUUACUGGAAACACACCUUGGCAACAAAACAUUCGAGAAUGCGAAAGCAUCUGCAGCUGAGCGAUUCAUUGGCCUGCAUUACAAGCUGCUUGCAUAUCAGAUUCCACCUUUUGCCAGCCACGACACUGGCAACAUUGGAACCACACCGCAGAAUCAGGAGUCAUUAGACAGAACUAAGCCCAUGACGCCAUUCAACACCGAUUCUACACCUUCGACGCAGAUUGGAGCAACACCGUUUCAUCGGGAUGCUACAUCGAUGCCGUGGCUGUUGCCACAGACAGAUCCUUUACAAAGCCAGGUACCAAACCCGGAUUUUGAUCUAAAUAUGCUGGGUAUGGACCUCAAUGAGUUAUGGGGAACCAACGGUUGGGAGGGGACGGAUUUCAUGUAA